CCCAACGCCUCGAUGGAUUCUUGGUUCGUUCAGUCCAUUUCUAUCAACAACAGCAAGAACAACAGCAAGGAAGAACAACAGCAAGGAAGAACAACAGCAAGAACAACAGCAAGAACAGCAGCAGCAGCAGCAGCAAGAGCAGCAGCAAGUACACCAAUCAUUGCCACCACCACCACUGCGGCAAAGAAGAAACCAAAGCGCCAAACGAAAAGGCACUUUUCACCAGCAGCACAGCACAGCGAUGUCGUGGCAUUCCAGCAGCAGCAGCAGCAGCAGCAGCACCGGCCCCCGCCCAUCGUUUGGCACCUAUUCUGAUGGACCUUCUAGCAGCAGCGGCAACAGAAGGCCCCUCCGUGUGCCUGCUGCCGCUGCGGUUGCUGCUCGUGCCAAUGCCAAUAUCAAUAUCAAUGCCAAUAUCAAUAUCAAUGCCAAUGGCAAUGCCAAUGCCGCUUCUCCCAUGCCUCCACACCCGUCGGUUUUGCCUUUGCUUCUGCUUCUGCUUCUGCUUUUGCUGGUCGCAUUCGGAGCGGCAAUCCUCGCCCGGACUAGGGGGUUUCGCUGCUCCUUCUCCUGCAGCAACGCGAACGCCAACGCGAACGCCAACGCGAACGCCAACGCGAACAAUGGCGUUCCAGAACGAGAACCAGAACCAGAACGAGAGCGACGCAUUCCUCCACACCUUUGCCUCUUUCCGCAGGGCUUGCCAUUCUUCUUUGGCGGCAGAAACGCCGCGGCCCGUGCGUCGUCAUUGCCGUCAUUACCAUCACCAUCUUCUUCUUCUUCUUCUUUGGCUGCUGCCUUGGAUUCGCCCGUUCCCACCCACAUUGUCAUUCCGACCGGCAGGGCCAUCGGCACCGGGAACCGAGCCGGGAUCGCUCGCAAUCGCACCCGCAAUCGCAUCCGCAAUCGCACCCGCAAUCGCACCCGCAAUCGCAAUCGCAAUCGCACCCGCAAUCGCACCAAGGGAGCUCCGCUUUCCCGAACCAUUGGGCGAAACCGAAGCCCCCGGUCUCCGUCUUUUGCGCUUGCCUUUGCGUCGUCCUCCGCCUCCUCCUCCGCCUCCCUUUCCCGAUUCUUUCGCGGCAUCCUCGGACGCGCCGCAAGCCAAGACGAGAGCGAGCAGGAGCACGAGAGCGAAGGAGAACACCGGAGCCAGGGCACCGGCACCACGGUGUCCUGCGAGAGCGACCACCACCCCUGGGAACAAGGCCCCGGGAGUGUUAGUGGCAGUGUGAGUGGCAGUGUUGGUGUUGGCGUGCCACACCGCGUUUCUCCGAUAGGCCCCGACACCCUCGACGAGGCCCGCUGUCCCAACGCGACGAUUCAGUUCCGGGCCCCCAUCAACCCCAGCAAGACCGGGAAGGGGGGAAUGGGCAACCACAGCCGAGCAAGGUACCACCUGGCACCGGACGUGGACACAGAUAUUGAUAUAGAUAUAGAUAUAGAUAUAGAUACAGAUGCAGACACGGACACAGACAUGGAUACGGACAUGGAUACAGUCACGGAUACAGUCACGGACACGGACACCGCCCUCCUCYGCGACUUUCUGUUCCACACCGAGGACUACGUGUCCUAUCCGAGGUCCAGGCUGACCAUUCUCCUGCGGGCCAGGGCGCCCUCCACCAGGGACGAGGCAAAAGCGCUGGGGGACCUAAGGGCCCUCCUGGAAGACGCCGCCUCUGGGCAGGGGGAACAGGAAC